UUUGUUCAACGAAUAGGAACAUGCUGAUAAGGAAGCGCAGACAGACAUUGUGCCGGAGAAGGCGAAAGUACCGUCGGACGAUUGUGCAAAAAUUGCGUUUCUGAACUCAGUGAUUGCCGAGCUGCAGCGAAAGAAUGAUGAGCUGAUGAAGUUCAAGAAACACGACGAAGAGGACGUGUUUGACUUUUCGAACAUGAAAUCGCUUUUGCCGUCGCUGCCUGCCCCCCGUCAGUACUGUGAUAUUUGUGAAGUGUUCGACCAGCACGACACGAUCGACUGUCCGUUCGAUGAGCACGAGAUCGACACUCACUCGCACUUUGAUGGCCAGCGCGGUGGUUUGCGUUUAUUCUGUGAUAUCUGUGAAGGUUAUGCUUAA